AUGGCUCGGAGUGCACAACGUUUAGCUAUCUUCGGAGCUAUUGUAGCAAGUAUUAUUGGAUACUUGUAUCAAGCACCUAAUAUUGAAGGUAUUGCACAAACGAAUAAAGUACGACUGCUAGGUGCUACAAUGAAAAUAAUCCAUAUGAUUGGUUCAGCUGCCGAAUUACUAGGCUUGUCUACUCAAACUCUAGUUGUUCGAAAAGGUAGUGAAUUAUUAAAAUACGUUCAAGAUAAAGAUGAAGAUACAGGCCUUCAGAUUGAAAAUACAUUAAUCGAAAAUGUACGAGUCAGAAUUGUCCGACCAUUGAAUAGUAAUGAUAACUUGCCAGCCAUUAUUUAUUUUCAUGGCGGUGCUUUUUAUAUGGGUUCACCUGAUACACACAAUGGAAUUACGAGUGCAUUAGCACGAUUAGCUAAUGUAGUAGUGAUUUCUGUUGAUUAUCGUCUUGCACCUGAACAUCCAUUUCCAGCUGGUCUCGAUGAUUGUUAUACUGUUGCAAAAUAUGUUCUUCAACAUGGUGAUUCAAAAAAAUUACGCAUCGAUCGAAGUCGCGUAGCUCUAGCUGGUGAUUCUGCUGGUGGUAAUUUUGCUGCUGUAAAUGCCAUGCGUUUUGCUAAUAAACCUGUCGGCGAAUAUUUACCUCGUCUUCAAAUCCUUAUUUAUCCUUUAUUACAACUAUUCGAUUUCAUGCUUCCAUCGUAUAUUACACCGCAUUAUAAAUUUUUUCCAUAUACUGUCGAUUAUACUCUAUCAGCUUAUUUGAAUCAAAAAAUCGAUCCAUCUAUCUAUGCAAAUAAUCAUACAACUGUCAAGCAAAAGAAACAUUAUCGUAAAUAUGUUGAUUGGUCUCUAAUUCCGUCAAAGUAUCGAACAAUUUAUAAACAUCCUGUUACAGAUGAUAAUGAAGGUUCUUCAAGUCUUAUUGAAUACGCUAAAGCAACUGUUACUCCAGAAAUGUCUCCAUUACUUGUUGACGAUGAACAACUAGCUAAAUUACCACGCACUUAUAUGUUAAGUGUUGGCCAUGAUAGUUUACGCGAUGAAACAUUCAUCUAUGCAGGUCGUCUUAAACGCCUUGGUCUUCCAAUUGUUCACAAUCAUUAUGAAAAUACAUUCCAUGCUUCAUUGAAUUUUCUACAUGGAGCACUUUCAUUAGAUAUCGCACGUCAAAUGAUGGGCGAUCUCGUUAAAUAUGUUAAAGCGAAUUUAUAG